CCGCCGCCGCCGGAGCUGCUGCGCGGCUGCUUGGGCCAGAGGGGCGCUUCUGCUGGUGGCGGGGCGAAUACACGGAGGAUGCCCAUCCUGCACUUGCACUCCAUGCUUGAGGUGCUGCCUUUCCUGCUGCUGCUGCUGCUGUUCUUGGCUCUGGGCUUUUUCCUGAUCUACCUCCAGCGACCCGAAGCAGAAACCAAAAAGAACUAGGGGUGGGCGCGUGGGCGGGUGCCGGUCUCCCACGUCACGAUGCCGCUCUUGGAGGUGGAGGUGUGACAGACUAAAGACGGAAAGCAGGGGAAGCACAUGUCACAACUGUGGAAUUCCGAUGAGUGAGCAAUGUGCCGCUUGUCCGGCCGCUUGUCCAUUCAGGGUUCAGAGGCUGCGCAGCAAGCAUUUGCUCUAGCACCAAGCCGGGCGAGCAGCUCCCACGAUACUCAGCUGCCUCCCUUACCAAACAAGCAUUGAAAGAGGAAAGCAAUGGGAGACACAGGCAAAGAAGACUGUAAAAUUGACACAUUUGAUGCAGAGAUUCAACAGCUGUUGAAAACAGCCCUCAAAGACCCCAGCAGCGUGGAUCUGGAGAAAGUGGCCAAUGUAAUUGUGGACCAGUCCCUCAAAGACUGUGUGUUCAGCAAAGAGGCUGGCCGCAUCUGCUACACCAUCAUUCAGGUGGAAAGCAAACAGGUAGGCCAGAGCAUCUUCCGGCGUGGCCUCCUCAACCGACUACAACAGGAGUAUAAGGACCGUGAUGAACUGCGAGCUCGGUCCCUCCAGGCCUGGAUCUGCUUUGUCACCUUUAUCUGCAACAUCUUUGACUACCUGAAGGUCAACAACAUGCCCAUGAUGGCGCUGGUGAACCCAGUCUACGAUUGCCUGUUCCGCCUCGCACAGCCCGAUAGCCUGCAGAAAGAGGAAGAGGUGGACUGCCUGGUGCUGCAGCUGCACCGUAUUGGUGAGCAGUUAGAGAAGAUGAACACCCAACGGAUGGAGGAGCUCUUUUCCCUCCUGCGAGACGGCUUCCUCCUGCAGGAGGGCAUUAGCUCCCUGUCUCAGCUGCUACUGCUGGAGAUCAUCGAGUUCCGGGCCGCUGACUGGAAAAUGACCGAUGCAGCACAAAAGUACUAUUACAGCGAGGUCACUGACUGAAUGGUCCGUUGCUCGCAGCACCACACUCUGCACAGUUUGAAUUGCCACUCUUGACCCCUUUCACCAGCAGAUUUCAUACAAAAGAAAAGCAAACAAAGCUGCAAUUAUUUUUAAUGCCUUUUGUCUAGCACUUUUUUGUAUAUAGAACGACUAAUGCUCUCUCUGGGUAGCUCUUUGCACUAGGUAAUGGCUGGCUGCAGUUGAGCUGGGAGGGAAGUAUGACUGGGAGGUGGGGGAGAACCACUGCUCCUGUUGUGUUGCACUAAAGAGGGACCUAUAUUAAUUAUUGCUGCCUGCUGGACCGGUGUUUUCCAUGGAGCUGUGGUCUUUCCUUACUUGCAUCUCCCCACUAUAAGUAUGCAGCCCAGAAUGCAAAGGGACAGUGGUUUAAAUCCAGACUGAUCAGAACUUAAUUUACUCCAAGAGGCCAGAUGCUAAGAAUAUCCCUCUCUCCUGGCUGCAUUUGCAGGGUGGGGAGCCUCUUUCAGCCCAAGUCCUAAAUUCACUUUCAGAGAAACUGAGGCAGGCUGAGGGGGCCCAUUCCAGUGGUGCUCAGCAGUAAAAAUACACAAGAAACUCUGGCUUAAAGCUCUUUCUGCCAAUUACUAAACCUUAGGAGAGACUGUUGGCAAAGGAGAAAAUGUGGAAAACUGGGAAACAUCGAACUAUCAGUGGUCAAGUGGAUGUGACCCUCUGGGGAACCUCUGAGAGCCAGAUUGUGAUUCUAGGAGAGGCAGAGGUCACCCACCUGUUUUUGAAUUUCACCUUCUUUCACAGCUGAACCCAAAAGUAAAGGUGAUUCCGCCAACAAAUUACAAGCAAAGGAUUUCUAUUUGCUUCCCUGUAAUCCAGGCUGAGGGCUCUGCAUGCCAACUGCUGGCAACCUGAGCAGUGGUGCUCUUGCCCUCACUUCCUGCUUGUGGGCCCUGGUGGCCUCUCACUGGCCACUGUGGGAAACUGAUGCUGAGCUAGAGGGCUUUUGCUCCGAUCCAGCAAGGCUCUUCUGCUUGCCGAAGGUACGUUUCCAGUUGGCAUGGGUUGCCACUAGGAAACACAUGUGAUUUGGACAACUUUAUCACUUUCUGAAAUCAAAAGGUGUGUUGUGUGCCACUGAUCUUUCCAAAUGGCAAACAGUUUCACUUCUUUACUGCAUUUCCUGCUUCUUGUCAAAAGCAGACAGGUUUUUAAAACCACCGUUCACUUCAAAUUUGCAUGCAAGGGCAGGACUGUGUGUUUAGCAGAUUAUCAUUAGGAUAAAAACGAGCAUUGUUUCUACCACCGAUAUCCUUCUCCUUUGCCAAUGGAAAAUAAGGUGCCUGAAGGCUGAAAUUCCAAGAAUGCUUAGAGCUACACAUUCAUUAAUUUCUGAGUGAGGUCUGCCAGGACUGUACUCCUUUAGAUUGUAAGUUUGAAUGCUUCCUGAUGCAACCAAAAUAACCCUCUCCAAAUACAGAAAACCAGCACUGAAGGCUAGGACCCUUCACUUUGCCAUGCUAGCAUGGCACAAGCAAUGAGUUUUUCAUGGGAGAGCAUUUGGUCAUGUCAUUGCUAAGUGGCAAUUAGAUGUGGAGGAAUGAAUAUGUUGUUUGAUAUUCAGUUAUCUAGAAGUAAAUUCCAUCAAAAUCAGGGAGGGGGUUUAUGACCAAGGAAAUACCUUUAGAAGUGGAAAGGGGGCAGCUUUUCCUUGUGUUUCUUGCCUUUAAAGUAACAGUCCUGGUAAAUUGCUUAGAUUUUAAGAUUUUUAACAGAUCAUAUACUACUCUUCUGAGGUCAGAAGACAAUUUUACUGACUUUGGUGUAGCUUAGUCGUAGGGCAUACUGUCCUGUGAAAGCUACUGCCCAGCUGUUAGUUCUGAGUGGUGCUGAAGGCUUCUGGAAAGGCAUGCUGGAGUUUGCAGACUCCAAAUGACAAUUCAGCCACACAUUGUUUUUGAAAUAGGUUGCCAUCUCUUUGGUAGGCAUCCUUCUGUAGCUGUGGCAGAGUGCUAUGCAAGUGCUAUUACAACCUCCGGUGCCCAUUAGGUGCUGUUCCUUCCUUUUCCCUCUUCUGGCCAGCUCAGGUGUAACAGCUAAGGCAGUGCCUUCACCCCUACAGGUGGUGUGAAGCUGACAUGCUGGUGCAAAGUAUCACUCCACAGCAGAAGUAUUCCCUGGAGAACAUGCAACUACUCAUUGAUUUUGUAACUUUUAUAUAAUAGCUACUUUGAACUACAGUAUUGUACUUUCCUGAUAAAAGGGUUGGUUUGCUUUGGAUUUUUUUAAAAAAUAAACAUUUUAGACAUCUA